CGUGGCCUCAAGCAGGCUCAGCAAUUUCUCCUGCCACCCUGCAAGGGGACAGCUUGUGGGUACUGGUAUUGCCUCAAUGUUAGGCAUCCCAGUGUGGGAGGCUGUGUCAGCCCCGUGCCUGAGCACGGCAUCCUCCCAGGCUGGGACCCCUGCCCCAUGGGGAGAGGGAUGCCCUGUGCCCCAGUGCCCCAGCACUGGUUUAUCCCAUGGGUAGGCGACGGCGGGGCGACAGCUGGCUGGAGGAUUUGCCGAGGGCAUUAUUUAAUGCUGUGGGUAAAUGGAGGAACAGCAGCUAAUUCUGGAGCCCAUAAUCCUCUUCCUCCCCCGGGGACGGGGAGCGUGCCAGUCACGCACCCGCUGGCGGGCCCGGGGACGAGCCCCCGGCAGCUCCCCGGCGGUGCCGCGGGCCGCAGCGACUCCCAGACCAUGGGUGAUGUGCAGAAGGGGCUGCUCUCCGUUAUCCAGAAGCUGAAGGGUUCGCAGGAGCACGAGCUCCGCAUUGUCCUGCUGGGGCUGGAUAACGCAGGCAAGACGACGCUGCUGAAGCACCUGGCAUCCGAGGAGGUCAGCACCAUCACCCCCACACAGGGAUUCAACAUCAAGAGCGUCCACUCCCACGGUCUGAAGCUGAAUGUUUGGGAUAUCGGGGGGCAGCGCUCCAUCCGCCCAUACUGGAAGAAGUAUCUGGGCAGUACAGACCUGCUGAUUUAUGUCAUUGACAGUGCUGACCAGAAGCGUUUUGAGGAGACAGGGCAGGAGCUGGCAGAGCUCACAGAGGAUGAGAACCUCACAGGGGUCCCACUGCUGGUGUUUGCCAACAAGCAGGACCUGGUGACUGCAGCACCCGCAGCCGAAAUUGCAGAAGGGCUGAGCCUCCACACCUACCGGGACCGAGAGUGGCAGAUCCAGGCCUGCUCGGCCCUGUCUGGGGAAGGGGUGCAGGAUGGGAUGAACUGGAUUUCCAGCCAGAUUGUGAACAGGAAGAAGUGAGAGAUGCAAAGUGCCAGACGGGACUGAGCUGCAGGUCCCUACACCACAGCCAACCCCCCGGUCCCUCGGCUCCCCCCUGAGCCUCAGACUGUCAUGUUUGGAUGGUUUUCCCACCCAGCCUUCCACUAAUCAGCUGGCUUCCCCUCUCCCUGCCUCGUGGGCUUCCACAGGCUCCUCACAUCCCCGAAUCCCCUGCAGCUCCCAUGCUGUUGGAGCGAAGCACAUGUCCCAGCGUGUUGAGGGCUUGCACACCUCCAGCAUGAGAACCUGCCCAGGACUUGUCCAUCCACGCUGCUGCACACCCUGCAGGGGCUGUUGUGACCCAGGGACACCGGGCACCCUGACACAGCACUGGCUACACCGCCAGGCACCCGAGUGCUGUGUCCCCCUGUGCUCCUGCAGGAUGGGACUGGUGCUGCCCCAGCUGUGGCAGCUGGCUCAGGAAAGUCUCAUUCAGGACCUCUCGCUGGCCAGAGGAGUACCCAUGUGUGCACAGGACGUGGGACAAGCAUGAAGACAGGACCAGGCACAAACGGAGGGAUCUCCUUGCCCGGUGCCAUGGGGGCUGCUCUGUGCCACCGAGGGGUCCCUGUACCCCUGGGACACACGUCGUGUCCCAGCCGGGGCUGCUGUUGCCUGGCUGGAGGUGCCCUUCUGGAGGGCUGGGAGAUUCUGCUCCCUGGCCACCACGGUGUCCAGGGAUGGGGGAACACCUGUGGGAGCGG